UAUCUCGCAUCUGGGCAACCGAACACGACCGCCGUCUCUACUCCCAGUCCCAGCUGCCAAGGUCUUCGUCGCCUCGUCGGGCUCGGGUCCUUUGCCGGCGACGAGCGCGUGCACACCAGAAUACAGUGGAAGUGGUAUGCGGUUGUAAAACGAUUUCGAUUAUUCCAAGCGGCCGGCGAUGGCUCGGAGCCCCUGCGACCUCCGCCUCCUCCUCCUCGCUGCAGCUGCAGCUUUCAUCUACAUCCAAGUGCGCCUCUUUGCUACUCAGUCCCAUUAUGCGGACCGUCUUGCGGAAGCAGAAAGAUCUGAAAAUCAAUGCACCAGUCAAUUAAAGUCCUUGAUCGAUCAAGUCAGCAUGCAGCAGGAGAAGAUUGUAGCAUUGGAAGAGAUAAAGGUACGGCAAGAUGAAGAACGUGCACAUCUGAGGAUUUUGAUAAAGGAUCUUGAAAAAAGGAGUGUGCAGAAGCUACUAGACAAGAAUGUGGUUCCCGUUGCUGCUGUUGUCAUAAUGGCUUGCAAUCGACCAGACUAUUUAGAGAGAACAGUUGAAUCUAUCCUGAAGUAUCAGACAUCAGUUGCUUCGAAGUUUCCGCUUUUUAUAUCUCAGGAUGGAGCAAAUGGAGCUGUGAAGAAUAAAGCUUUGGAAUAUAAACAAAUAACAUACAUGCAGCAUGUGGAUCUUGAACCUGUGCAAACUGAAAGGCCAGGAGAAUUGACAGCAUAUUACAAGAUUGCUAAACAUUAUAAGUGGGCCUUGGACAACCUAUUCAUUAAACAUAAUUUUGCUCGAGUGAUCAUUCUAGAAGAUGACAUGGAGAUUGCCCCGGAUUUUUUCGACUACUUCGAGGCUGCAGCUAAAUUACUUGAUAAUGACAAGACGAUUAUGGCUGUUUCUUCUUGGAAUGACAAUGGGCAGAAGCAGUUUGUUAACGACCCAAAAGCUCUUUACCGCUCAGAUUUCUUUCCUGGGCUUGGAUGGAUGUUAACAAAGUCCACUUGGAUUGAACUGUCACCAAAGUGGCCUAAAGCUUAUUGGGAUGAUUGGGUGAGGCUAAAGGAGGUACAUGGACAUCGGCAAUUCAUACGCCCGGAAAUUUGUAGAACAUACAAUUUUGGCAAGCAUGGAUCAAGCUUGGGACAGUUCUUCGAGCAAUACUUGGAGCCCAUUAAGUUAAACGAUGUUCAUAUUGAUUGGAAUUCUGAGGAUCUGAGCUACCUUGGGGAGGAUAAGUUUUCAACCAAAUUUGGAAAAGAGGUGGCUAGUGCCACUCCUCUCCGUGGAUCAGAUGCUGUGUUGAAAGCCCACAAUAUGGCUGAGGAUGUAAGGAUCCAAUACGACGACCAAGAAGGUUUCGAGCAGAUAGCUCGUCAAUUUGGAAUAUUCGAAGAAUGGAAGGAUGGCAUCCCAAGAACGGCUUACAAAGGAGUGGUGGUCUUCCGGUACAACAGUAGUCAAAGGCGAAUAUUUCUCGUCAGCCCAGAUUCUCUUCGUCAGCUGGGGGUGUAGCAUGUUGAGAAGGUAGAUUUUUUACCCUUGGAAUGGCAAAUAUCAUGGAAUUGCUUAACUGGUUUCUGUGAGCAUGGAGGAACCGGGAUGCAUGGUGAAGAAAUUAUUUUUGAGAAGUGAUUGUGUUGACCCAAAGGUACUGGAGUAGUAGAAGCAUGGGCUUGGUUUAUAGGACAUUUGCAAGAUAUAAUACAUCGUUGUUAUAUCUUUCUCCGCAUCAGGAAAUGUUUAGUCAGUAUGGGACUUGUUAUCCUUGAGUGUAUUUAGGGUUUACACGAUGCAGUUGUAUGCGCUCAAAAGAGUGUAGCAGGAGCUCACUAGCUGACCUGACGCUCGAUCCUUUUUGGUAGAAGAAAGGUGUAUCUUUAUGACCAAAUUUUUCUUAUUGGGCAUCUUGGAAUAUUAAGAUGGAAGGAAAUCUUGUGCAUUCGUUU